AUGGCGGGGUGCUUCACGCCGCGAGUCGGUGGUGUGAGGCACAGCGCCUUCUGCUCGGCCCUACACUCCCGCUACAGCUCGAAAACGCGGUAUAAUUCGGCAUGUCGUGCCGGACAGGGUGCUGGCGAGCUCCAUUCCCGCACCAGCACCUUUGCGGCCGUGCUGGACCGAUUCUGGCAGGGCCAGGGCAUAGUGCACGGCAGUGACCGCUCCCGGCUGCUGGCCCUGGCGUCCGACCUGGUGGACGAGGCUGACGCGAGCCUGGAUCUGGAUGCCCCCGGGUUCAACCGCGCCCUGCCCGGCGCGGACCUGCUCUGGAAUCUCCAGGCGCGGCGGCAGGAGGUGCUCGAUCUGACCGCCCGGCUGCGAGCCCUGCACGCUCUGCUGGGCGCCGGCUCCCACCCCGGCGUGGACGUCGGCCGGCUGGCGGCGCGCGAGCCGCGCCUGCUGACCGAGGACCUGCGUCGCGUGCGCCAGCGCCUGCUCAACAUGCGGCUGGCCGCCCCCGCCGCCGACGUGCUGGCCGCCGCGGCCGCGCAGCCUGUGCUCCUGGUGGAGGGCGGCGAGGACUGGGCGGGGACUGACGCAGCGCGCGCUGCCUCCGGCUGGGGCCACGGCGUCCCCGCCGACUCCGACUGGGCGCGGCGCUGCGCCGAGCUGGAGGCCUACGCCGUGCGCCAUGGCGACGUGCUCGUGCAGAGGAUAGCGCGGCGCUGCGGCGCGCUGACGCCGGAGCAGGUGGCGGAGCUGGAUGCCGUGGGUUUUGCCUGGGAUGUGCCAGACCCCCUCUCCUGA